AAGAUGCUCAAGGACCCUGAACACCAAGUUGCUGGUCACAUGGCUAAAGAUGGGAGGCUUGGUCCGCUCGUAGACGGAGAAGGCCAAUUCUUCAAGCCAUUUCAGAGUAAUGGUCGUGGAGAAAGCGAGGAUAAGUUCUACAAAUCCUUCUCGUCCAACAAGAAUGUUCCAGACCACAUCCGUAGAUACUUCCCCGUGUAUCACGGCACUCAAGUACUCGAAGCAUCUAAUGGAUCUGGCAAGCUUCCACACAUAGUUCUUGACGAUGUUGUUUCAAGUUACUCAACCCCCUCGGGGAUGGAUGUAAAGAUUGGAGCUAGGACAUGGUACCCUGGUGUAUCCGAACAGUACUUCAAACAAUGUUUAAAGAAUGAUAGAGAGACCACCUCUGUUUCCUUGGGGUUUAGGCAUGCUGGUUUCAAGAUUUUUGACCACCAAGAAUCUAGGUUUUGGAUAGUCGAGUACAAGGUUGUUCAUAGGUACAAAGUGGAUGAUGCUAGAUUGGCUCUGAGGAAGUUCGUGUCAUCGAACUCGCUAGCUGACUCGUUACCAAACUGCGCAUUUGCGUCAGAAGUUUUUGGCGGUUCUAAGGGCAUCUUAGCGCAGUUGUUAGAGCUCAAGGCUUGGUUUGAAACUCAGACGCUAUACCAUUUCAAUUCUUGCUCGGUUUUUAUGUUUUAUGAGAAUGAAACGGUUUUGAUGAAAGGAGGGGAUGAUGCAAGAGCACAAGUUAAGCUGGUGGAUUUUACUCAUGUUCUUGAUGGAAAUGGUGUCAUUGACCAUAAUUUCUUGGGUGGACUAUGCUCUUUCAUAAAAUUUAUCCAAGAUAUUCAUGAGAGCUUGGACAAACUGUAUUUUGUUGGACAUUUAACUUGUGUGUCCCCUUCAAUUGUAUAAUAUUUUGGUUAUAUUGUACUGUACUUUUCAUUUGUUGGAAUAUCUGAAAUCUCCAUGAAAGUUAAGUUAUAUUAGCCUAUGAAGCUUAUUUGGUU